CCUGGUGUGACGGGGCCCUGAGCUCAGUGUGGGUGGGUGGGUAGGUGGGGGGUCUGUGCAGCACCUGGUGCGAUAGGGCCCCCGAGGUUGGUUGGUGCUACUGUAAUACAUGUAGUAGAGGUGCAGCCCCCCCCCCCGCGCAGCGUUUGGGCUCCCAUCAGAAUCGGAAGUGGAGGUUUUUCCAUUGUGGCCGGUGGCUCAUUUCCUAGAGCUGGGUUAAUCCUGGUGCCUCCGUCCCAGCUCUGCCACUUCCCCAUCGCUGGCCGCGCGGCUGCCCGCCAUGGCCGUGACUCUGCCGGUCCUGCUCCUGACCGUCGCCCUGCCGAAGCCAUCCCUCGUCUGGGACCGGGCCGCAGGUGCUGAGGGGGGGAUCCGGCUGCGCUGCUCCGCCCCAGGGCCGCUUGGGGGAGGCUGGUUCACCCUGCACCGGGACGGCACACUGGGCCCCGUGGCUGAGAAGCAGGCCCCGGCGCGGGGCUUGGAGGUGACAUUCCUGCUGCCCAGCAUCGGCCCUGGCGAGUGGUACCGCUGCGGCUACUGGAACCGGGACGUGGCUGGGGGGCGGGUGGAGUCCCCGCUCAGCGACCCUGCUAACAUCACCAGUGGCCCAGAUCGCUACCCCAAGCCGUCCAUCGCCGUCAGCCCUGGCCCGGAGGUCUUGGCUGGCCAGACCUGGACGAUCCGGUGCUGGGCUCCGUAUGCGGGGAUGAGCUUUGUGCUGUACCGGGCGCGGGAGUUCUGGACUGAGCGGGCGCCUCGCGGAGACCCCCCGACGGCUGAGUUCCACCUGGGCAACGCCAGCGCCGCCAGCGUGGGGAGAUACACCUGCUACUAUCACACCAUCAACGAGCCCUUCAUCUGGUCCAACGCCAGCAACCCCCUGGAGCUCAGGGUCACAGAUGUUUCCAGCACCCGGGAGCGGUUCGUGGACGUGGGCGGGAAGCUCCGGGUGAAUUGCUCCAUCCCCGACGCCCCGGGCGGCUGGUUCUUCCUGUACCGAGAUGGGGAUUCCGAGCCCCUGGCCUGGAUCGCAGCCGAUGAGGACAACGGGCCGGCCGGCUUCGAUCUCCCGGAGGAGCAGGCCCUGGGCCCUGGCGGGGUCUUCAGCUGCCGCUAUGGGCUGGAGGAACCGGGCACCCGUUUCGACCUGGCUCUCAAUGACACGGAGGUGCGGACCCAAGGCUCACAUUCUGGGGGCACCGAUUACAGCCAGACCAACGCGCUGCGGCUGGGCCUGGGGGCCGCCGUCCUGCUGCUGGCGCUGCUCUUUGUAGCCCAGGCCUGCUGGGAGGAGAGACACCUGCAAAGCUACCUGCCCCGCCCUGUAUUUCUAUUGUACAACCCCCCAGAGCUUCCUGCUCCCCUGUCCCCGAAAUCUCCCCACCCAGGGGGCGGCUGUGAUACCGGAGCCUCCAAAUGUCCCCUCGUGGGGGGUUCAGCCGACGAAGGAUGGGAAGAAAGGGGCCGAGUGCACCACGGGCUUCCUGGGGCUGCAGCCCCCGGCGCAGUUCCUCAUUCCACUCGCACUCGGGCCUCAGACUUCCUGGAGCUCGGUGCAGCUGGGAAACAGGGCGUUGGUGGCAGCGCUGAGGGGCCCCCCACAUCGCCCCUCAUGGCAUCUGCUCUCACUGUCCUCCUCCUCGGCUGCUGGGUGGCCGGGCAGAGCGGGGUGUUGGGAGAGGGGUCCUACCCCAAACCCUCCAUCUCCGUCAGCCCCGGGGGGGUGAUCCCCGUGGGGGGAAACGUCACCAUCCGGUGUCGGCAUCAGCUCCUGGGCAUGAGGUUCCUCCUCUACAAGGAUGGAGCUGGGAUCUAUCUGAAUUACACAGACCCUGCCGGCUCUGAGGCUGAAUUUCCCAUCACCAGCGCCAGACGGGACCACGGGGGCAGCUACACCUGUCGUUGUAGCUACAGAACAGACCCACCUGCCUACUCGGAGCCCAGCGACCCUGUGCAGAUCAUUGUAGCAGACGCUGGUUCUAUUCCCGCAGGGGGAACUGACCCGACCCAGCCUGGAGCGGCGCCGGCUCCCACCCGCCUGGGCAGCGCGGGACCAGCAGCCCCCCCAGGAUGCCCGGAUUUCACCCACACCAACAUCGCCCGCCUGGGGCUGAGCGCCGUGGUCCUGCUCGUCCUGGUGCUGAUCCUGAUUGAGGCCUAUAACAGCCACCCGAGGGGGGUGCCCUAGGUGAGGUGACCCCCCGCCCCUCUGUGCCUGUUACUCCCCUCAAGGGCUGGGCCCAGGGUGACACGGGCUCCUCUAAUGAUGUCUGUCUGCACCCCCAGGAGCCUGGAUCUGGUCCUGCGGACAAUAAAAUCUCCCUGGGGGAUGAGCUGCUGCCCUUGGGAGGCUGAGAUGCUGGCACAAAAACUCCUGCUCCCCAAACCUCCCUGCCUCAGAGAACCUGACCCCCCAAACAGCCUGUGACCCAAUAACUGCCCCCCAGGGUCGGACCCAUGGCCCCCGGCCUCACAAACAGCAGCCCCUGUGGAGCCAGCUGGAGGAGCAGCCCCUGGAGGGGGCCGAGGUUCCACUCACUGGCCCAGCCAGACCAGUCUCACUAGACUCCCUUCCCAGAGCCAGGGAAAGAACCCAGGUUCCCAGCCCCACCCCCCUGUUCUAACCACUAGACCACACUCCUGUUCCAGAGCCAGGGAGAGAACCCAGGCGUCCUGGCUCACAGGUGGAUGCAAUAGACGAGGCAGCGCUGACGGUGUGUCCUGCCAUCCAGACUAGGGGGUUCAGGAGCAGAAUGGGGUAUAAACCGACCCCUAGAUGCAAGCGGCUUUUAUUUGGGGGGAAGGGAAAGUGGGCAGGAAAGAGUGGAUGGGUGGAUGAGGGGUGAGCGUGGGGCACAGGACGUCAGGCGAGGGCGCCCCCCUGGCAGUAGCAGCAGCUGCUCUGGAGGGGGGAGCUACCGUGGGACACCACUAGGAGGAGCCCUGGCUUCAUGGAGGGGCAUCCAGCAGC